GACGCGGCGGGCGAGCUUCUACAUCGAACCUGACUGAUGAAACAUUUGCAAACCGAAAAGGUGUUCUCUCUCUCUGAACUUUCUAAAAGCCUGACAGGGCUCUUCUUCUCUUCCUACUUCUCUUCUGAACUUUCUGUAGUGACUGCAAAUUUGGGAAUGGUGCUGUGGCCUUUCAUCUUAAAGUCUUCACCCCUUUGUUACAUUUCAUCAUCAUUCACACUAUUUUUUCCUGUUUUUUCCACUGUGGGUAUAUAAUUUCUCUUUCUACCAUGGCACCCUUAGAUUGUUGUUCUAAGUCUUCUCUUUUCCCAAACAAUCCGUCAGAUCAGAAUGCAAAAUGAACUCCGACCUGGAAGAUAUAGGCGAAGUCUGGAGUGGCGUAUCACCGACCAUUCACAAGACCUCUUCGAGUCGCUUGAACUAUUGAAGAGAAAGAGACAAGCGGGGGCUUAGUAGCCUGCCAGUAACUGCGGGCGAUCUACCUACCAAAGCAUUUACGAAUAAAAACAACAAUUAUCCGUCAAAAGUGCUUUGGGGUGAAAACUCGGUGGACAUAGACAACAUGCAAGGUUCUAAUGAACAGAACUUAAUUGAUUUGUGUCUUCAAACCUUCUGUGCACCAUCUCGAACAAAGCAUUCAUCAAUCAUUGGAGAAUCUUCAGAAUCUUCAGAGAAUACGUCAAAACUUCUUGCGCCAUGUGGUCCGGCCAUUGGAAAACUACUCGCUCGUCUGAGUACCUCUAUUCGUACUAAAAAGGGUUCUCAGAAAUUGACUCUCAAAAGGCUCGAUGAUUUACUCGCUCUAGCCAAGGAGAAAUUCUAUGCAUUCCCAUUCAAAGAUGUACCAGAAUGUUGGAGAGCAUUAUUUCUCGAGGCAAGUUUGUUGAAAUUUUCUGCUCUAGCCUCUGGAAAAUCCUUAUCUCUGAAGCAGAAGGUGGAUGAAGAUUCAGAUUUAGGUUUGGAUGCCAUGGAUGAUUGGGUAAUAGAUCAAAUGGUUGAGACAAUGGACAUGGCAUUGAUCAUGGUUGGAGUUCCAGCAUCAGAAACAAUGCGAUUGGCAAUUGAUUAUGCGAUGGGUCUUUUACAAAAGAUCCAUGAAGGCAUGAUAGAUGAUGAUGGAUCAACACAAGUGCCCACGAAACGUCAGAAGACUUCGUGCAGUGAUUCAUCUUCAAGAGUCGAAUCUUCAUAUCGAGAUCGCUUUCCAUCAAUUUCGAUCACAUCUCCUUCUCUGGUAAACCCCAUUUCUCGAGUAACUUCUAACGAAAUUAACAUCAAUAAUGAAGACGGAAGCAUGGACAACUUCGCAAAACACAUGCAUCAAGCUCAGGAUCGCACGCUAGGAGCCGAGCCUCUCAUCAUAACUGGAUCAAUCGAUUCAUGGUCUGCACGGAAUCAAAGACCAUGGUCUAGCCCUUCGUACUUACUAUCCAAAACCAUUGGCGGUCGACGUUUGGUCCCCAUAGAAGUGGGUAGAAGUUAUGUUGAUUCCGGCUGGGGACAAAAGAUAGUCACUUUUAAAGAUUUCAUGACCGAAUACAUGUUAUCCCCGUCCAAUGAAGGAGAAGCGAAAGAAACUGGCUAUCUAGCACAGCAUAAUCUAUUUUCCCAGAUCCCAUCUUUACGAAAUGAUAUAACGAUACCGGACUAUUGUUAUGUUUAUCCACCUCAACCUCAUUCAUCAUGUUCUCCCGCACUAAAAGAAAAAUAUGCACAAAUGAGUGAAUUGGAAGAGCCGCUCAUAAACGCAUGGUUCGGACCAGCCGGCACAAUUAGUCCGUUGCACACUGAUCCGUAUCACAAUAUCCUAGCACAAGUUGUCGGAAAGAAAUAUUUGCGUCUCUACCCACCCAGAGAAACAUCAAAAUUAUACGCGAGAGGUAUAGAAGAUGGAGGAAUCGACAUGAGUAAUACGAGCGAGGUGGAUAUCGGAGUCCUUGAGGGAUGGGAUGGUACAGCCGAAGAGCAAGAGGAAGAAAACAAGAAAUUCCCAGAGGCCCGGAAUGCGACAUAUUGGGAUUGUGUGUUGGAGGAAGGAGAAGUAUUAUAUAUUCCGGUUGGGUGGUGGCAUUAUGUAAGAGGAUUGGGUGCGAGCUUCAGUGUGAGCUUUUGGUGGAAUUGAUGGGGAUGGCAUCUGAAUGCGGUUUGGUAUGUAUGAUGGGUUUGCAAAUCUACUUCAAGGUAGUUAUGAAAGUUUCAGCAAGCUGGUAAAAUUCCGCAAUCUCGAAAUAUGGUAUGUUCAUUCGAUUACGAAGGGAUCA